UCAGUGAAUGCAACCCUACAGCCGUAUCAAUAUUCAACAAGGAAGGAUGCUUAGAUGUUGUUCUACAAUAUCUGAAGAGAUUUCAUACAAAUGUUGACCUGGCUAUCACCGUGGCAUCCUGUUUACAAACCGUGACAGAAGAUAACCCAGAUCUGCUAUCGUCUUUCGAUGCACCUGUGCACCAGGUGCUAGAAAUGGUCAUGUUAUCCUCGGAGAAAGAUAUGGACCAUAUCCUUUUACGGACAUUGGUGGCAGGUGUAGCGUGGAACAUCAAGAGCACCGUGCCUUCGGGAAGCCAGGCGGGAACCAUCAACGCCAUCCUGAAGAUUUUGUCAGACUGUCUGGCGUUGGAUGCCGGAGAGGUGGUCGUUCGGAUGAAGGAAGCCGAAACGGAAAGGUUGAAGACUUCUGUUGAAGGAAACAGAGUGAACGGAGGAAGCGUCGUGCACGUAGGCGAGGAUAGCAUGGAAGAAGAACCUGGACGGAUCGCCCAAGGAGAGAAGGACCUGUUGGAUCUACUGCCACGCAGCCAACAGGAGUUGAAGCAGGCGAGUGGGUUACUUCUGGCUCAACAAACCGCCCUGGAAAUCAUUGUCAACAUGUGCUGCAACGAAGAUGCCUCAGACGAAGAAUGGGAAGAGUUAUCGAGCAGCGACGAAAGCGAUGCCUUCCUGGAUAACAGCUACGAAGAAGAAGGAAAGCUCCUUUCUCCGCUGUGCCUUUCAGCUGAAAUUCACACCGCCCUGGUCAACCAGUUAAUCCCAAAGAAGGUCACCAGCUCUUCCUUGACUUCAGACGACAAACCUCUGGGUUUUCCAAAAGCG